UCGGCGAUUUAUAGUGAAGAUUGCGUGCAGGACACUCGCUGGGAAGGGGGACUGACUCUGAUGGAGGGGCCUCAAACGCGUGUAUCCUUCACAAGCUUCAUCCGUCAGCCGCCAACUCCAUGCCACGUCUCAUGUCAGAGGCCAUCCGGCAUGACAACACAAGCCAAUCGCAAGUCCAAGGUGCUAGACGGCAGGAUUGUAUGGUUUUCCCAGUCUUUGCUGUCUGUAGCGCCCCACAAAAUGCUGAAACUAUAUCGAUGUGGAAAGACGGAGCCGACAGCGGGCGAGGACAAACAGCGGUCCUGACCAAGAUGGCGGCCAGGUGGCGGAGCAUGCAGCAGAACGGAGAGGCGGGGAAUGCCUGGAGCGACACUGCAGCCAUCAGAGUCAGGUGCGUACACAACACACAUGCUCUCAAUCCCUGCAUCUUUUGCUGCAGCAUAAAAGGGGAGAGGGAGGAGCAAUCGUGGCAGAAGGAGGAGAGGAAACAACUGGCAACAACGACCACGAGAGCAACGAGAUCGACCCUGAGCGAGAUGAGCCCCCGCAGCAGACGCAGCCACAGGCCACCGAAAGUUGCGCCGCGACGAGCAGAAAGAGCCGGCGAGCUAGAAAUUGGCCUUACCGACUGUCAAGACAAUAUGUUUAUUGAAAUGAUAAAUCUGAGUCAAACCCGUUACGAUGCGUCCUGUAUCGAUCGACACUGCAACCCACACGAGGACGGCUGGAGACCCGUCACGAUCGUUUUUUCCAAUUCAGCUCGAUUCUCGAUUCAAAAAUGUUAUUUUUCCGAUUCAAACCGAUUCUGUAUUCAUUCAAUACAUAGGAUUUCAGCAGGAUCUACCCCAGUCUGCUGACAUGCUAGCAGAGUAGUAGAUUUUUUGUAAAAAGCUUUUAUAAUUGUAAAGGACAAUGUUUUAUCAACUCAUUGCUAUAAUGUAAAUUUGUUUUAACUAUUAAACGAACCAAAAAUAUGA